AUGCGUAUAUAUGUAUGUGAGCCAAACCUGUUCCACGACACAUAUCAUGGCUUCUCGGUGGUAGCAUGCACUUUGUAUACUUUGUGCUUUGUGUCCAGGCAGCUCUGCAUCUCCGGCUCUGCUCCUGCCCUGCAGGUGGGUGGUAGCAGAUCCUCUACACCAGUGAGAGCGAAGAAGCGAGUUGGCGGUCCUCAUUCGCAGCUUGUUGGCCAACUCUCCUCAACUUUUGCCGCUCCUUUGGAGGAGUGCUGCACACUAGAGAAUUUGCAUCGCGUUGCUCUCCAGAUAUCUGGGAGGGUUGCGGCACAUCGGAUGGCGUUUACCGCGCUGGUGGCCGCUGUUUCUGGUCGGUGUGUGAGCAUGCUACGGAAGGGGCUGUCCAUGGAAGAAGCCGCGGCAGCGAUGCCGCUAUUGGGAGACCUGUGGCGUGCGGGGCUCCUGUACGUACCGGGUGACGGUGCAAGAGCAGCAGUGGCGGCGGCGCUUGCAGUCCUUGUCUCCGGGGGACGCAAAGUGCGCAAAGAGACGCCUGGCUCCGCACUGGGUCCACUGGGCGUGUCGGUAUCAAGGCCUUCGUCCACAGGCAGUGGCUCCAGGGAGACCAUGGACCAGCGACUGCGUCGCUGGUGCCGCAGCUGUGAGCUUUUUGAGGACGCAAUAUCAAAGGAGCUUCUCACCAGGGAAGGCGGGACAUCUGUGCAGGAGCAGCUUUAUGAGGAGCUGAAGCGAACUUUGGCGGGCGCACGGGAGGAGGAGCUGCGGAAGGCUGCUGCACGCAUCAAGCUGGGCAGCGUACCCCUCUGCCGUGGCGCCGGGCUGAUGGAGCGGCUCCGGAGGCAGCCCUCGAAGAGGUCAAAUUCCGUCAGCUCGGAUACUCAUGGGGACGAGACAGACCUGGCAGCGAAGGCUUGGCAAGCAGCCCAGCAAGCGGAAUCGCAAGCAGCGCAGACCAUUGCGGCAAUCGCUUACGAGGUUGUGCGCAAUGCAGAGGUUGCCUGCAACGAGACAGCCACGCUGGCGAGGGCGGCCCUCGAUGACAAUGGAAUAGUUGACUCGACAGCUGUCUUCCAAGGUCGAACCAGCAAAGAGUUCUUUGUGACAUGCUUGUGUGAGGCAGCACGUCGGCACUACCCGAAUACGCAGGGCCUUGCGUGCCUGGGGGGGUGGUUCAUGGACUUGAUUGUCGUUCCCGACUCUUGCUUGGAGUCCCUUCCCACGUGGAGGCGCCGUGCCAAGCCGGGCAUCUACCUCCAGUCCGUUCAAGCUGAUCUGGUGGACCAACUCUUGGCGCUGGAGAGAAGCCACUUUCAGGAUCUGGAGGCACAAGCAACGAUUCGCAAGCAGCUUGAAGCGAAGGUGGAAAGGCUUACCCAAGAGGUUGAUGUGCACUUGCAGGCCAAGGCUGCAAGGAGAAGAAGAGGGGUCAAAGCAGCCAGAAAGCUGAAGCAAGUGCAGUACGAAGUUGCUCUGGUGGAGGAACCGAGAGAGCCAGCAGAAGAGCCAGCUGCGAAACCGGAUGAGGCAGUCUCACAUGCAGCAACCACGAAAAACCGCAUCUCAGAGAUACCAGAUUGUGCCAAUCCCAUGCUACUCCAAGUACACAUAAGUACACUUUGUUCAAAGCUAAGCCGAGGCUUUACACAAUUGGUCAAGGCAGAUGCGCAUGUGGACGGGAUCACCAACGACGUCAGCAUCCACCAACGAUUGGAGCAUGCACGCGCCAAGCUAGAGUCGUCACGCAACAACUCCGCCAUGAGAAAAGUCGAGCACCUUCUCAAAAUGAUCAUGGGCAAAGACGAAGAGGACCAAGCAGGAAACGGUGAGCUUCGGUGGCUAAUGUUUGAAGCCACUGCUGCGUUCUUCAUCGCAGUCAACUCCAUCUUGCUCGGCUUGGAAGUGCAGUACACCUCCUCCAACCUUGAGUCCAAUCUUUCAUUUAUGGUUGGCAGUGUUCUUUUCGGCGCGUGGUUCAUUUUUGAGGUGCUCGUCCGGAUGUGCCACGCUGGCCCACUUCAAUUUUUCAUAAAUGAAAGCCGCUGGUGGAACAUUUGCGACCUUUUCUUGAUGGGCGUGAGCAUACUGGACAUUUGUCUCCUUUUACUUGUCGGAGCUUCCACGUCUUUGUCAAGUCUCAAAAUAUUGAAGAUGAUUCGAGUAUUUCGGUUGUUCAGAGUUUUCAGGUUCUUCCAGCAGCUUGCUACGUUGGCGCUCAUGGUUGCAGAGUCUGUGAAGCAGCUCAUGUGGGCGCUGUCCAUGUUUGUCCUUAUCAUGUACAUAUUUGCGAUUACAUUGACUAGUUCGUGCACAGAUUGGUUGAAGCAGCAGAUCGACUUCAGCAAGCCAGACUGGGAAUCGGACAUUGCAGGUUCAAGCCAGCCUGGCGUUCGCGAGGUCCAUCACUUCUUUGGCAGCGUUCCACGCAGCGGAUACACGCUCUUUCAAACAACCCUGGGAGGAAUCAGUUGGCAUGAGGUCACGGAUGCGCUUCUGUUCGUUGAUGUCGUCUCCUUCUCCUUAAUGUUCGCCUACCUGGUUUUUACAAUACUCGCUUUGCUGAACGUUUUCACAGGCGUCUUUGUGGACAAUGCUGUCCAAAACUCAAAAAAACAGCGUCAGAUCCAGAUCGAAGAGACGCUGGAGAAGAAACGUAUGGGGCUGGAUCAGAUCAUCGAGUUUUUUGUGGCUACAGACCUCGAUGGCGAUGGAACGAUCAGCCUGCAUGAAAUCCAUGAGCUCUUGCAAGACCCCGUGAUGAACGCCUACUUCGACAUCAUCGGCUUCCGACCCGGAGAUGCCCAGAUGUUGGCCGACUUGCUCGAUCGCGACGGAUCAGGUGGCAUUACGUUGAACGAGUUCAUCAAUGGCUGUGAGCGGAUGAAAGGCCAGGCAAAGGGAAUUGAUGUGCAUUUGCUGCUGCUCGAGUGUCAGCAUCUGCAUGAAAAGUUGGACAAGUUGGAUGCUUUCACUCGUGGUGUUCCCUACCAAGCCUCGGCAAAGCGGGACUGCCUUGCAUGA